UUUUCUCCAUUUUGUAUAAUAGAAAAGAUUUUUUCCAUGGAAAUAAAUAAAAGACAUUCUCCAAAAAAAAAAGUUUCAAAAACUAAAAUUUUAAGCUAUUUUAGAGUAUUUCUCUAAAAUAAAUAAAUUAUUCUUGCCAUGAGCUAUUUUAGGUAUUUCAGUGUAUUAGUAAGCAGUACAAUCACUUGCUUAUUAGGUCAUAAAACGUUUAAAAAUUAAACUAUUUAUUUUCUUAUAAACUUUAUUGCUCGCAUUAUUUGAGGCUAAAAAUGAUUUUCUCAUGAAUCUAAUUUGUGUAUAAUUAUUAUUUUUUAAAAAAGAAGAUCCAUGCAUAGAGGCGCUCUAUUAGAACACAUUAAGCUCUCCUAUAUAUAUAUUCUCUUCGAAGAGAUUUUUAAGUGUUCAUCCUCUAACCUCUCACCCGCUCUCUCUAGUUUUCUCGCAGAGAGUCUCUUUUGUUUAAAGAAAACUCUCAAGAAAGUUAUACCUCUCCAUCCCCAAAUUGCUACGAUGAAAAAGUUCUUCUGUUGUCACAAAGGAGAAAGCUCAAGUGGAGCAGUAGAAGCGGAAGAGCAAACGCAACCUCUGCAACCAGUGCAACUGCAACCAUCAUCAUCGCAACCAGUGCAAGACCCACAAGCCUCAUCGAGAAGUGUCAAAGACGAGAACGAAGCCAUCUUUGAUGAAAACCUCUUUGACAAUAACGAAGGCCUUAACCUUGCUUGGCGCAACCUUUGGAAAUCCUACGAAGAUGCUAAAGCUGCGACUCAUGAUCCUUACCCUGGACCUAAGAUUAAAUGGAGCGAGAUCUUUCAAGGAACCCUAAACUUCCGUAACAUCAACUAUCUCGGCCGAGGCAACUUCGGUGAAGUCUAUCGCUGCGAUAUACCAAGACUCGACAAGACCGGAGCUGCAAAGGUUCAAAAUAAUCCGAGCGAAGAGGCUCAUGCUGAGUUCUUGGCAGAGAUCACAACGUUACACGCGGCUAAUCACCCAAACGUGAUCACUCUUCUCGGCAAAUGUUUCCAUCAAGACCACCGUGUCAUCGUCUACGAGUUCAUGCAUCGAGGCUCUCUCGAUCACCACCUCUUUCCAAACACGAGGCUACUUCGAGGUCGUGGACGUGGCUUACUUCAGGUAUACAAGGUUUUGAGUUGGACCAUGAGGCUGAGGAUCGCAGUGGGUGUAGCUAAAGCUCUUGUUUAUCUCCACGAGGAGCUGAAGAUGGUUCACAGAGACGUCAAGGUUUCGAACGUUUUGCUUGACAAGAAGUUUGUGCCGAAGCUGACUGAUUUUGGAUUAGCGUCUUGCAUCGUUGAAGAUGAGAACGGCGUUGAGAAGAGGAGCGAGAUCACUCUGAUCAAGGGAACUCCGGGUUGCACCGCGCCGGAGACAGAGGAGUUAGGUUUGGUCUCGAGCAAGAACGAUGUCUACAGCUAUGGAGUGUUCCUGUUCACGCUUUUCACUGGAAGGAAAGCUUUUGAUUCUAAGAGAGGUUCGGGGAAAGAGAAGCUCACGGAUUGGUUAAAGAUAGUAUGUAGCAGAGGAGAUAACAUUCCGCUGGUUGUUGAUUCUGCGAUGGGUAAUAGGUUUCCGGGUGAAGGUUUAAUCAAAUUAUUUCAGACGGCCUUGAUGUGUGUCGAUCCGCAGCUGCUUGCACGUCCUGAAAUGCGUUUUGUGGAGUCGAUGGUUAGUGACGUUGCGGUUUAUGAGGUCCCAACGUGUCCAACGUUGACGAGGAGGCAUUCGAUAUAGGAUGUUUUAUCAGGCGGCUUUCAUUUUGGUUUUUAGAAACAUAUAAUUAUAACCGAUGCGUUAGUUUGUAAUCUUUUCUAAGAUUUAAGACGAGACCAGGGUGUUGUGUACUUUUGAGAUAAUGCCGUUUGUAAAUAGGUGUUAUCAACUUUUGAUAUCGUUUGCCUUCAUUUCUUUGUUAUG